UAAGAACCUGUAAGCACGUCAUAUUACCUGCUUUCUCUCUAUCUAGAAUUCUAAAAAUAAAAGAGCAAUUGAGAGCCACUUGUAAAUCCGGCAAGUAAUCUCCGGUCAAUCAAAUUGACUUUCCCCUGUUUUUCAUCUCCGAUCAUUCAUCCUUUAAUUCCUCUCCCCCACUUCUUUCUUCAUCAUUUCUCCCAAUUUUCUAUGCAACCUCCAUUCAUAGAAUUCAUUCAUUCCAUUCCAUUCCAUUCAUUACUCAAUCAACCAACCAACCAUGGAAGAAGAAGAAGAACACAAUUCAAUUCUAGAUGUCCAAUUUCCUCCAAUUCUUCCAACAACAACAACAACCAUCCCCAAUCAACAACAAGAUGAAUCUUUGCUCAUACCUCCUCCAUCAGAAACAAACCAACCUCAACAACACAAAAACCAUGAUCAAGAAGAAAAACAAGUUUUCGGUUCUCCUAUCCAUCCCGAUCAUUCCGAUACCAUUAUCGAUACCCUUUUCGAUAACGCAACAAACUUUCCACCAACCGCAGACGCCGCCAAGCCGCAAAUCGAAAACAACAACCUCGCUGUUUCAACCAGCCAACCCGAUGCUAAUAUUGUCGCAUUGGUAAAAGAAUCUGAGGUGGUCGAAGAAACCAAACCCAACUCCCAAACUUUGGUAGAAGAAAACGCCUCAAGUGGUGGCAGUAGUCUCAUCGAAGGACUUCUGCAUUUAAAUCGUUCUCAAGAUAACCAACUUCAAGAGGAGGAGACUGCCAAUCAAACAUCCUUGAAUUCCUCCUAUGUUGCUUCUAAGGAUCCUGAGAAUGUCUAUGUUGUUUCUAAGGAUCCCGAGAAUGUCUAUGUUGUUUCUAAAGAUCCCGAGAAUGUCUAUGUUGUUUCGAAGGAUCCCGAGAAUGCCUUUGUUGUUUCUAAGGAUCCCGAGAAUGCCUUUGUUGUUUCUAAGGAUCCCGAGAAUGUCGAUACAAUCAAGAAUGUCAUCAUCGAUACCGCAGCUCCCAUUGAAUCCGUCAAGGCCGCGGUUUCCAAAUUUGGUGGAAUUGUUGAUUGGAAGGCCCAUAAGGUUCAAACCGUAGAGAGGCGAAAGGUGAUCGAACACGAACUCGACAAAGCACAGGAGGAAAUCCCAAUGUACAAGCUACAAUACAAAGCAGCAGAAGGGGCCAAAACACAGGUUAUGAAAGAAUUAGAGAGCACAAAGAGGCUGAUAGAAGAAUUAAAACUCAACCUGGAGAAAGCGCAAAUGGAGGAGCAACAAGCCAAGCAAGAUUCCGAACUCGCCAAGCUAAGAGUAGUGGAGAUGGAACAAGGGGUAACCGACGAGGCAAGCGUGGCAGCCAAGGCUCAACUAGAGGUGGCUCGAGCCCGUCAUUCAACAGCAGUCUCCGAGCUGAAAAUAGUUAAAGACGAACUCGAACAACUCCAUAAAGAUUUCUCACUUCUAGACGCAGAGAAAGAUUCCGCUGUAAAGAAGGCGGAAGAGGCGGUUUCCACUGCAAAGGAGUUGGAAAAAUCAGUUGAAGAUUUCAUGAUCGAGUUGAUCACCACUAAGGAAUCGUUGGAAUCGGCUCAGGCAGCUCAUAUGGAGGCAGAGGAUCAUAGGAUCGGAACCACUAUGACAACUGAACAAGACACUCUGCAUUGGGAGAAGGAGUUAAAACAGGCUGAGGAGGAGCUCGAGAAAGUAAACCAGAAGAUGAAUUCCGCAAAGGAGCUACAAGCGAAACUCGACACAGCUUCAUCAUUACUUGCAACAUUGAAAUCGGAACUGGUUUCCUACAUGGAAUCAAAACCGGAAGUUACAGAUCCUAAGAACCGAACUCACACCGAGAUACAUGAAGCAAUCGCGUUGGCGAAACGUGAAUUAGGAGAAGUUAAACAAACUAUACUGAAAUCAACAACCGAGGUCAACAUCUUGAAGCUCGCAGCCGAAUCGUUGAACUCAGAGCUCGAAACCGCGAAAUCAUCUCUCGCGGCAGUUAACCAGAGGGAAGGAAUGGCUUCAGUAGCGGUUGCAUCUCUCGAAUCUGAGCUGACAAGGAUUAAAAUGGAGAUCAAUCUAGUACAGAGUAAGGAAAAGGAUGCAAGAGAAAAGAUGGUCGAUCUUCCUAAAACAUUACAAGAAGCAGCCAAAGAAGCAGACGAAGCGAAAUUACUAGCUGAACAAUCUAGAGAAGAGAUGCGUAAAGCUAAGGAUGAAUCCGAUCAAACAAAAGCAUCAGCUGGAACAAUCGAGAGUCGUUUACACGCAACUUUAAAGGAAAUCGACGCAGCCAGGGCUUCAGAGAAGUUAGCAAUGGCAGCGAUCAACGCGUUGAAAGAGAGUGAAUCAGCUCAAAAGGACGGUGAAGGAGAUGAUUUAACGAACAGAGUCACUCUAUCUCUUGAAGAAUACUACGCGUUAAGCAAACGCGCACAUGAGGCUGAGGAGGAAGCGAGUGCUAGAGUUCUAACCGCUCUAUCGGAAAUCGAGAUCGCAAAGGAGUCAGAGCAAACGAUGAUGAUAAAGCUUGAGGAAGCUAGCGCGGAAAUGAAGUCGCAAAAGGAAGCAUUAGAGGUUGCGUUGGUGAAAGCGGAGAAGGCGAAGGAAGGGAAAUUAGGAGUUGAACAGGAAUUGAGAAAAUGGAGAGCAGAACAUGAGAAACGUAGAAAAGGAUUUGAAUCUGGUGAAGAAGGAAGCGGUAAUAAUAAUAAUAAGAACAAAGAAUUAACUCAGAUUGGAAAUUCGAGUACGUUAGAUCAGAAUAUGGAUGGAUAUGAUGAUCAAGAGAGUCAGUAUGAAGAUUCAUCGUCGGAUAUGAAAUCAUCGAAGAAGAAGAAGAAAUCAUUCUUUCCUCGAUUCUUCAUGUUCUUGGCUAGAAAGAAGCCGUCACAGAAGACUUAAUUCAUUUUGAUCCGUUUCUUCUGUGAAAUUAAUUAUCUGUUUUGUUGUUAAGAAUUUAAAGAUAAAAACCAAGUGUAGAUUAAAGGGUUUUUCUUUUUUACUGUAAAG